CCGCUGCCAAUUUUAAAUGACAUGUAAUAUUAAUAUUAACAGUCACACUAAAAUCACGCCGCAGUGCACACGCAGGAGAGAAAAUCGAGAGCAGCAGUCGCUCCAGAAGCCCUUGUAAUAAUAGAAGAGCCACUAGUCCAAAAGUAGCCUAGCUGUAGCGGGCCUGGCCGUUGCCUCAGGCUGCAAGGCUUCAGCUUCCCGUGACUGCGGCGCACAGCAGGGACGGCAGGUGCCAGGUCGUCAUGGCUGCGACUCUAAAGACACGACAUGGUUGUUGGUGUUGCACAACAGCAUCACUCCUGGUUGUCAUCAAACAGCCCCAGCCCAGUCGAAGCACAUCGCUCGCUCCUGCGCCCGAGCCGCCUCAGAAAAAAAAAUCCUAUUAUCGUGCCACUGCCACUACUGUACCACACACCUGGACUCAUCCUGAGCCGCCAGCCCAGACCCAUCCCAGCAACGAUAACGUUAAUGGUUUAGUUUACCAGCUACCGUCAUCGUUGGCUCCCAACCUCCCUUUCUCUCAUCGAUCGCCCUUCUGCCCCUCGUCAGCAAAACCACGCAUCAGCAGUCUCAUCGCGCCAGAUCCCCAUUUUCCUUUCCCUUCCGACUCCCCCAGGUUAUCCGCUCGUCGCUCCCGGACUCUUGUCGCCUCGGCCUACGUCCCUCGAUCCGCCCGUCUGUCGCAUCCAGCACAGUACACUGACAACAACUGGUAUACCUGUUCCCCCUCUCGGAGCUGAAGGGGCCCACACCACCACAGCCAAUCCCAAAGACCUUGGGAAAGGC